CUCUGUGAGAAAGUUACCACUGAAGUUACUACUGAUGGAAGUACUGUCUUGGCAAGUGUAAUUGCUGCUUGCAGAAGGCUUUUCUCUCAGCCUCCCAAAGGAUUUGAAAAAUAUUUUCCCAAUGGGAAGAAGACUAAUGGAACUAAGGGUACAACUGGAGAAACAAAAGAAGCAAAGCAAGCUAGUGCCCGACAGCCUAGUGGGACUAGUAGUGGAGGAGGUGGCAGUGGUGGAAAAAAAGGUGGCAAGAAAGAAGAAACUAACUGGUGGACCAGAUUACAGAAGGGUGACAUCCCAUGGGAUGUCAGGGAGUUCCGGAUGUACGUGGUGGGAAGUUCUUUCUUCUGGACAAUGGUUGUGUACUACUUCUUCUUCAGGGUCCCUGGGAGGGAAAUCACCUGGAAAGACUUUGUCAAUAACUACCUUUCCAAAGGAGUGGUGGACAGACUUGAAGUGGUGAACAAGCGCUUUGUUAGAGUCAUCUUUGUUUCUGGCCAGUCUCCUCAUGAGUGGCAGUACGUCUGGUUUAAUAUUGGCAGUGUGGACACCUUUGAAAGGAAUCUUGAAACUGUGCAGCAGGAUCUGGGAAUAGAAGUGGAGAACAGAUUGCCAGUAGUCUACUCAACAGAGAGUGAUGGGUCAUUUCUCCUGAGUUUGCUGCCUACCAUCCUGAUCAUUGGUUCCUUACUGUACACGUUAAGAAGAGGACCUGCAGGCUUGGGCCGAGCAGGGCGUGGAAUGGGUGGACUCUUCAGUGUGGGUGAAACCACAGCCAAAGUCCUUAAGGAUGAAAUAGAUGUUAAAUUCAAAGAUGUAGCUGGCUGUGAAGAGGCCAAAUUAGAGAUAAUGGAGUUUGUUAACUUCCUGAAAAAUCCCAAACAAUAUGAAGAUCUGGGAGCAAAAAUUCCAAAGGGGGCAAUUCUGACAGGUCCUCCAGGUACUGGGAAAACACUUCUAGCUAAAGCUACAGCUGGAGAAGCCAAUGUACCAUUUAUCACAGUCAACGGCUCCGAGUUCUUGGAGAUGUUUGUUGGUGUGGGUCCAGCUCGAGUCAGAGACUUGUUUGCUCUGGCGCGUAAAAACGCGCCGUGCAUCCUCUUCAUUGAUGAGAUCGAUGCAGUGGGGAGGAAGAGGGGACGGGGCAACUUCGGAGGGCAAAGUGAGCAAGAGAACACACUCAAUCAGCUUCUAGUAGAAAUGGAUGGAUUUAAUACAACCACAAAUGUAGUAAUUUUGGCAGGUACCAACAGGCCAGAUAUUUUAGACCCUGCUCUGAUGAGGCCAGGACGCUUUGACAGGCAGAUUUACAUUGGACCCCCAGAUAUAAAAGGAAGAGCAUCUAUUUUCAAAGUUCACCUUAGGCCUCUGAAGUUAGACACCAUCUUAGAUAAGGAUAACCUGGCGAGGAAGCUCGCGUCGCUGACGCCCGGUUUUUCUGGUGCUGAUAUUGCUAAUGUUUGCAAUGAAGCUGCUUUAAUUGCUGCAAGACAUCUCUCAGAUGCUAUAAACCAAAAGCAUUUCGAGCAAGCAAUUGAAAGAGUUAUUGGAGGUUUGGAAAAGAAGACUCAGGUACUACAGCCAGAGGAGAAGAAGACAGUGGCAUAUCACGAGGCAGGGCAUGCAGUUGCAGGAUGGUUUUUGGAACAUGCUGACCCUCUCUUAAAGGUAUCCAUUAUCCCACGUGGUAAAGGACUGGGUUAUGCUCAGUAUUUACCCAAAGAACAGUAUCUUUACACCAAAGAGCAGCUACUGGACAGAAUGUGCAUGACUCUGGGAGGAAGAGUAUCUGAGCAAAUCUUCUUUGGAAGAAUUACAACUGGUGCCCAAGAUGACCUGAAGAAGGUGACCCAGAGUGCAUACGCUCAGAUCGUCCAGUUUGGUAUGAAUGAAAAAGUGGGGCAGAUUUCCUUUGACCUGCCUCGUCAAGGGGACAUGGUGUUAGAGAAGCCUUACAGCGAGGCCACGGCCAGGCUGAUAGACGAGGAGGUGCGGUCGCUCAUCAACGUCGCCUACGACAGGACGCUGAGGCUCCUGACCGAGAAGAAGGCAGAGGUGGAGAAGGUCGCCCUCCGACUGCUGGAGAAGGAAGUGCUGGAUAAAAGCGACAUGCUCGACCUGCUGGGCCCGAGGCCUUUCGCAGAGAAGUCAACUUAUGAAGAGUUUGUUGAAGGGACAGGGAGCUUGGAUGAGGAUACUUCACUACCAGAAGGCCUUAAAGACUGGAACAAAGAGCGUGAGAAAGAGAAGGAGGAGACGACGGCCGAAGAGGUGGCUCGGCAGAUCAGAGGAGGGAUGCCCUUUUAA